AUCAGCCUUGCAGACUGGGGUCGCAAGGCCAUUGAGAUUGCGGAGAAUGAGAUGCCAGGGCUGAUGAAGAUGCGGGAGAUGUACACUGCAUCAAAGCCGCUGAAAGGUGCACGUAUCGCUGGUUGCCUUCAUAUGACCGUGCAGACAGCAGUUCUGAUAGAGACCCUUAUAGAGCUGGGAGCUGAGGUGCAAUGGUCAAGCUGCAACAUUUUCUCCACUCAGGACCACGCUGCAGCUGCUAUUGCAAAAGCUGGUAUCCCUGUGUUUGCCUGGAAAGGGGAGACCGACGAGGAAUAUUUGUGGUGCAUUGAGCAGACCCUGUACUUCAAGGAUGGGCAGCCCCUCAACAUGAUUUUGGAUGAUGGCGGAGAUCUUACCAACCUAGUUCAUACCAAGUACCCACAGCUCUUGAAAGGAAUUAGAGGUAUUUCAGAAGAGACAACCACUGGAGUUCACAACCUGUAUAAAAUGAAGGCCAAUGGAACCCUGAAAGUGCCAGCUAUCAAUGUUAACGACUCUGUCACCAAGAGCAAGUUUGAUAACCUUUAUGGUUGCAGAGAGUCCCUCAUCGACGGCAUCAAACGUGCUACAGAUGUCAUGAUUGCUGGAAAAGUAGCAGUCGUGGCAGGUUAUGGUGAUGUGGGCAAAGGCUGCGCCCAGGCCCUGCGGAGCUUUGGAGCCAGAGUAAUAAUCACGGAAAUUGAUCCCAUCAACGCACUGCAGGCAGCCAUGGAAGGUUAUGAAGUUACAACAAUGGAGGAAGCUUGCAAAGAAGGCAAUAUCUUUGUUACCACCACUGGCUGCACUGACAUUGUUCAGGGCAGGCACUUUGAGCAGAUGAAGGAUGAUGCCAUAGUGUGUAAUAUUGGCCAUUUUGAUGUGGAAGUUGAUGCGAAGUGGCUGAAUGAAAAUGCAGUAGAGGCGGUGAAUGUUAAACCUCAGGUGGAUCGCUAUACACUGAGGAAUGGCCGUCAUAUUAUACUGCUAGCGGAGGGCCGACUGGUCAACUUGGGCUGUGCCAUGGGUCACCCAAGCUUCGUCAUGAGCAACUCCUUCACCAACCAGGUGCUGGCGCAGAUUGAGCUGUGGACCAAUAGUGACAAAUACUCUGUUGGAGUCCAUUUCCUGCCAAAGAAGCUGGAUGAAGCUGUGGCAGCUGCUCAUCUGGAUAAACUAUGUGUGAAGCUGACGAAGCUGAGUGACAAGCAGGCCAAAUACCUAGGCUUAUCAAGAGAUGGGCCGUUCAAGCCAGACCACUACAGAUACUGAGCAGGUGGCACUAUCCAACGACCAAAGUGCAGGGAUGCAGCCCUCCAAAGCUCUUGUGUGUGUGCUGGGCUUCUGAGAACAAGCUCUUUGCCAUACUCCUCUCAGUGCUGCAGAACCCCUCCCCUUAUCAAGGGAGCUUCAGGAACUUAUUUAUUAGUGAGAGAGGAUUACUCUGACUCUUGGGUUUAGAAUUGGUUACUUAGCUAGUGUCAUGGUGAAAAGGAUCCUGUGCACCUUUUAUUGGCUCCUAAUGUCCCAAUAAAGGGAGCAGGAUGGAAGAUUGUAAAAGAAAAAUGCAUAGUCUUGUCAAACACGUGGCUGAUGAGCCUGUUUGAACAGACUACCUGAUAAGAUGGGGAAUGGUUUCUACAGGGAGAUGCUUUCUCCCAUGCCCUGCUCAAAUUAGAUGAAUCCUAUUAGGAGGCUGGCAGUUCAGGCUUCUCUCCACAGAGGUGCCCUAGCUGAAGUGCUUGUUGUGAAACUGGGGGAGUAUAGGUGCUUGGUCUCCUUCCUAUAAAAUCAACUUAAUCUCCUACUUGGAGACUAGAGCUGGAAUUUUUUUCUGGGUUAAUUUACUCCAUCAGUGUCGGUCAGAAGACCCUUCUAUACUUCCUUCACACCAACAUAAGGAUGGGAUGAGGCAAGAGGGACUUUUUUUAGCAGCCUUCUAGUGUGUCAUGAACAGCUGUGAAGCCGCUGAGGGGAUAGUUAGGCUUAGGGACCUUGUUUGAUGCUCUGAAACACCAGCAGCACACUUGUACCCCAACUUGAUUUUUCUGAGUUGUCAUGUCUGCUGUAUCUUGUUUGUCACUGACUCAAAGAGCUUUUAUUAAAGAUCUGACUGUGGCCUGACUUUUGUACAGUAAGGUGCUUUGGGUUUUGCCAUGGAUUUGUUUACUUUCAUGUGAUCCUUAAGCUACUGAAAAUAUUUACUGUAUCCACAUGGGGUUUCCUGAGGGCAAAAGCCAGUGCUUUGGCCAGCCUGCAUCAUGUACUGAGCUGGGAAAAGCUGCUCCUCUGGUUAUUUAAACAUCUGAAAGGCUGAAUAUUACAGGAAAAACAACUCUUCCCCUCCGCCCACACAGAUUUAUCUCCAUAUGUGUCAUGGAAGUCCUCUCAUGCCACUGUCCUCUUCAGUCAACAUUAUAUAGCAGGCUACCUCAGUUGCUGGAUGUGAGAAGACUAAAGGUUUGGUGGGAUGUUAAAAGAUGCUUGAAGUACCCUGAGAUUCAUGUCCAAGCACCAGGUGUGAUGUCAGUGAGCAAUUAAAACAGAUGGUGUGGAGUAUGAGCUGCUGGAGGAGGAAAAAAGUGGGAUGAGGAAACAAGGCAUUGCUUGGUGUGCAACUCUUCAUUGCUUUGUUUUCCAUUGGCCUCUAAAAAGCACCACUUUUAAUUGAAUUUGGGUCCCACAAAUCCCAAAGGGGAUUAUCCUUCAUAUUAUAUACGCUGAGCUCUGCAGACACACACGGUUGCGAUAUACACCUAAAUGUAGGUGAUGGUCACAUUGUGUCAUGCAUAGCUGCAUGUGACAGGGAUGGGAGAAUGAUGGGAGAAAACGUCAUUUUUAGUAGAACAAAUGCAAUAGAAAAACAAGGACUGGGUGUUCUUCAUUAGUUUCCUCUAGCUGGGCUUUGGCUUCUCUAAACCCGUUUCUCAGCUGAACAUCUGCUAUCCUGUAGUAGAGGGCUGUAAUUCUGCUGUUGGACUUGGAUCAUGGAUUCACAGAAUAAUUUAGUUAGGAUGGCCCGCCUGGAGGUCUCUGGUUCAUCCCUGUCCUGAUACCAGGGCCAGUUAGAUCAGGUUGGAGACCAGCUGGCCCAGGUGAGUUUUUCUGUACAUUUAACUGGAAUUUCCUGUGUUGCAGCCUGUGCUCAUGGCUUCUCAUUGUGCCCCUCUGCACCUCUGAGAUGGCUCUAGCUCAGUGUUCACUACAUGCUUGCAUUAGGUAGUCAUAGGCAGCAAUAAAUCCCCCUUUGCCUUCUCCAGGUUGAAUAAACCCAGGUCUUAGUCUCUUUGUCCAUCCUAUGCUUCAGUCCCAUGACCAUCUUGGUGGCCUGUACUCCAAUGGAUGCGCUCAGGUAUGUCAAUGUUGUCAUUAUACUGGGGAGCCAAAACUGGGUGCAGGUGUCUUUAAAGUGUCAAACUGGGGAGAAGGUUCCCUUCUCUUGACCUGCUGGCUCCACUAUUGUUGGUACAGCUCUGGAUAAAGUUUGGCUGCUUUACUGCAUGGGCAGUCAAGGACCUUACGCUUCAGAGUCUCUGGAGGAAAGGCUGCCUUCACCUUUCCAUCUUUGACCAGUUUUGUUUGGGUUUUUUGAGUAACAGAUCCAGCAGAGCAUCUCCCUUCAUUGGCUCAUUGACCACCUGUGUCAAGAAAUUGGCCUUUUUGGUCUCCAUAAAUCUCCUGGGUUGCUUGUGCACAAACCUGCUGCCCUUCUAGCAGAUGCUGGCAUGGCUGAGGUGAAGUCUGCCAGCAUCUGCUACCAAGAGGCUUUUUUCAUCUAUCUAAAGAAAUUUUCAGCUACUUCCUUUUCUGGUCAGGUGGUGGUUGUUGGAUGCCCAGUGGUGAGCCACCCAUGUUGGUCUGUCCUCUAAUACUUAACCCAGGAACUUUUAACUCUGUUCUCAAAGAACUGC